AUGGAAGCUAAAAAUAGACGAAAUAGUAAAUACCAAUGUAAAAUUCAACAAUUUGAAACACACAACAGUGAUAUUUCUAUUUCAUUAACCAUUGCCCAUUGCGACGUAAGACAGUGCUGUGUCGUAUACGCCGUUAACAAUGUUCCGACUACCGAUGUUGAGCAAGUAAUUGAUUCUGCAUUAUUUGAAUCAUCUUCGACUGUACAUACAGGCACGGAAAAACUAUCAAAUAAUUUACAGCAUAAUAAAUUGAUUAUAAGUGAUUUGGGAACUUUAGACACUGGCCCUGUUCGUCCAUUGCUAAAAACUUAUCCAAAAACUAAUUUUGGUUCUCAAAACCGAAGUUUUAAUGAGAAAUACUAUUCAAAAUAUGAAUGGAUUGAAUAUAGUGUUGUGAAUGAUGCUAUUUUUUGUGUUUGCUGUCGUAAUUAUUCUACCGGAAAAAGUGUGCAAGAUGAUGUGUUUACAUUAAAUGGGUUUAAAAAUUGGAAAAAAUUAACUGGAUCAAGAGGUAAAAAAGGCAAUAAGAUAAGUAAACUUGAAGCACAUUCAACUUGUAGACACCAUUUGACUUGUAUGACUAAAUGGGAACAACAUGUUAAAACUAAGUCAUCGGGUAGCAUUCAUGAACAACUAUCUUCAAGUCAUCAAUUGAUUGUUGAAAAUAAUAGAAAAUAUAUAAAAACUCUUAUUGAAAUAACCUUAUUUUUGGGCAACCAAGGACUGGCUUUCAGAGGGCAUGAAGAAUCUAAAUUUUCUUCAAAUAAAGGAAAUUUUAAAGAAACAUGUGAGUUACUGGCAAAAAUUUGCCCUGAAUUUGAAGAAAAAUAUAGUAAGACUACUAAUUUCACCAGUCAUUUAAUUCAAGAUGAAUUGGUAAACUUAUCUGCAGCGAGCAUUCGGUCAAAAAUAACCGAGGAAAUAAAGUAUAAUAAAGUAUUUGGAAUUAUGAUUGAUGAAGCAAGAUGUUUCAAGAAAGAACAAAUGUCUGUAUGUGUGAGAUACACUGUUGGUCUAAAUGUUGUUGAACGUUUUCUGGAUUUUGUAGACGUUUCAGAAAAUCAAAAUGCAGAAUAA